AUGUCUUGUUUAAUUGAUUUACCUUUUGGGAUAUUAGAGGAGGUGUUUCGCCACAUCAACCAGUAUCAAGCAUUGUCACUUGCCCCUUUACAUUCCAAGCUUUACUUUAUUGCAAAGCCGAAAUUAUAUCGAAAUAUAUAUGUACGUGAAGUGUCAGCAUAUGAGGGAGAGCAAUACCAGAAAUUCAAAUAUCAUAGGAAUCUUAACAACUUAAAGGUAAACCUGUACACUGUAAUAUCAAGUGACAACUUCGAAAAGUACUUUUCUCAAAUGAGUGUAGAGGAAAAGAUUGAACACAUUCUUUUCAAGGACUUUGACAGGGAGCUUCUGAUACGUACAUUGGAUUAUUUCAAAUCCAUUAAGCUUUUUGAGAUCAUUCUGGCUUUCCACAAUGAUGUUCCUGCAGACGUCAUGACUACCACGCAAUCCGAAUUCAUGCAUCUUUCGCGGUUUUUUCACGACAAACAAACCUUUGCUGCUGAGAUCACGUCCACACCAUGUCGUAUACUAGAACUUGUAAUGUCACAGACCUCUAAGACAUCGCUCAGUAUUAUUAUUUUUCACGAGAGCGGCUGGAACUGCUUAGAUCAUUUUCAGUUUUUAACAUCUUUGACGAUCGUUGUCGAGGAGUAUUCAAAGCUCCUGCACCGUCUCAAUUUCAAAUUGCACAAGCUCUACAUACAUCAUAUCCAACCCGAAGAAUUCCAUUACAGUGUAAGCGAAUUGUUUGAUACUUCUGAACUCCGGGAAUUGUCCAUUGUAGGGCUUAUUCGUUUGUUUAGAGUAUUCACCACUCACGAGUUGGAAAAAGAGUAUCCAAAGCUUGUACAACUUUGUAUUGGGCAACAUAAUGAACGUGAAUCAAUACUAGAACUCGAGGAUUACACUCACAAAGGGUUGAGCAUGCUUGUGGUCGCAAACAAAUUUAGCGACCACAUGUUGGCUCAAAUGAUUUGCAGGUUAAUUGUAAACUUUCCCAAAUCUACAAUUAAUUGGUGGUAUGCACCAAGGGAUAUUGUGUUAGCAUAUUGGUAUAGAGACAAUCCUAACAAGUAUGAUAUCCCGUUCACUCAUGACAUUAUUUGGCUAAGUCCUCGACUUCCGUUUGGAGUCGUGGGCUAUCAUUUCCCUCGUACAACUGGCCAACAACUAAGACUAAAGAGGUAUAAAGUGGAGGGCAAAAACCGAGUGCAGUUCUUCACUACUUUGAAGCAAAUUUACUCUGAGGCUGAACUAAAUGCCAUCUAUGAACGCGUCUCGGAUGAACUAACAUAG